AUGAGCAAGAGGGCAGUGGCCACGGGCCAGAGGGAGGCGCACGCCACGGUGGCCGUGAGCAAGCGAGCAGUGGCUGCAGACCUGACGGAGGCGGACGUCACGGUGGCCGUGAGCAAGCGAGCAGUGGCCCCAGGCUUGGACACGGCCGUCACCUCGGGCGCAGAGGCCACCCUGUCGGUGGGCGACCCCGGGUACCAGUGGCAGCCGUGGGGGCAGUGGUUCUGCAACUGCGAGGCCGGCAGCAUGGCACGGGUGCGGGACGUGAACUACACGGUGCCCAACGUGGAGCUGGCCCCUGACGACCUCAGUGCGCUGCGCUUCCAGCGCGUGCCCUGCGAGUACCGGCAGUGCCCCUGCAGCCGCCAGAGCCUCCAGUGCGCCGGCAAGGAGCUGACGUGUGACGCGCCCAGGCCCUACCUGUGCGCCGUGCGUGACAUCCGGGAGGCCCAGUACCGUGAGUCGCAGCGCUUCUGGCGCCACAUCCGCAGCCAGCUGCGUGACCUGUGGGACAACGUCCGCCGGGCCUUCAUCCGGGAAAAGGCGCACAGCCACAAAGAGAGCUGAGGCCGUGCCCCAUCUCGAGGACGCCGCAACGGCCCUGGCAUCCGCACAUGGCAGUCAUGCCAGCCAUGCUGGCAACUCCAGAGAUAUUUAAGAGUAAAGGUUGUU